UAGCAGGGUGGUCUUUAUGGAAUGGAUGAGACCCAGGAGAAUGAGUAUGAAGAGCAGCUGAAAGAAAUCUUCCAGAGCUUUGACACAUCUGGCUCAGGAUUUCUGGACUCUCAACAGCUCUCAGAUCUGUACCAAGCCUUGCACCUUGAGGAGGACACAGCAGCCCUCAUCCAUUCUUUGCUGCACCCUCAGGAUGGUAUUAUUUAUAAGGUUGAUUUUAAGCAGUUUAAGGACACAUUGAUACAGAUCUUAACACCAGUAGGAGAGCCCUUUCAAAGCCAGGAAGCCUGCUGGCAGCAAGACUCUUUCGUAAAUAAAGGAAACUGUUUUAGCCACUGGCUGACCCCAGAGUUGGCUGAUUCCAUCACUGCGCUCUCUGAGGCGGGGGCUGCACGACCACCAGAAGACCCCAGGAACACUGCACAUAAUAAUGUGCCGAGGAAGUACCAAUGCUGGGAUACACGUACAAGCACUGUAGAGGAAUAUGAAGCACAAGUGCAUCUUUUUGUAGGUCAGCUACAGUUGUGGAAUCCUGAUGGACCCAACAUCCUGCAGCGGGCAGCACUUCCUUUUACAGGCAGACUGGAAGAGCUCCUGAAUGAGCUAUUUGAUGGCACUGGUCGGAGUACAGUCACCCCAACAUCCCUGAGAAGUACAACUGGCAUAAAACUCUUCUCCAGUCUGGAUGAUGGAACAGGGUACACCCAGGUGGAGUGUGUCCUGGAUGCUUGGCAGGAGGCUGGCAUUGAAAAUAGCACUGAAAUUCUUGAGGCACUGGGUUUCAGUUCAGUGGAUGAUAAGGUGAAUCUCCGUGAACUUGCCACAGCCCUUGAAAAUGAGCUGCUUGUUACACAGAGUGGCAUUCACCAGGCAGUGAUGGCCAGUUUCAGAGCUGAGAUACAGUAUCUUCUGGAGCAGUUGGAUGUUGAACUUAAUGAGAAGGAAAAGCUACGUGGUGACCUGGAGAAGGCAGGCAAAUUGAAGACCAAACUAACCACAGAGGUGGAUGAAUACCUUUCAGCCAUUGAGCACAACUACAACCUCAACAUCAGAAAACUUGAACAGGAAUAUAGCCAAAAGCUGGCAAGUGUGAGGGCUGGAUUGACCAAAGAGAGAGAUAUUAUCCACCAACAGGCAACUCAGCAACAUGAAGAACUUGAUGGUGAAAUUGAAAAAAUUAAACAGGAAGCAACCUUGCUAAGAGAACGUCUUGCACUUGGUGCCAAGGAGAACAGCCGAUUGGAAGCCCAGCUUUUGGAUAGCACAGAAAAACUUUUGGAGACUGAAAAUCUGGUCUGUAAAUUGCAGACAAAACUAGACAGCAUUCUUGAAGAAAAAUUUAGUUAUUGGGACCGUGGAAGUGCUGAUUUUUUUCUACAUGAAGAGCAUCUUCGCCAAAUAUUUAGCAAGCAUGAAGAACAAUGUAGGGAAAUGCAGGAUCGUAUCGAUGAGCUUCAAUCAGAACUGGAGAAAUACCAUGCACUGAAGAAGAUCCCUCUCAUUCACAAUGUUGAUAUUAAUAUAUCUGAUAUUUUUUCUGACCAAGGUUUAUAUUCAGGAGAAUGUCAGCCAUUAAACAUGAGUCUGGAAGCUGAAAUACUUGUAGAAAACCUAAAAGAGCAGCACCUGGAAGAGAUUAAGAAACUCAGAGACCAGCUUGAAAGUGAGAUUAGUGAAUUCCAACAACAAGUAAACAAGCAAAGAAUACUCCAUGAAGAGCAACAAAAGCUUCUGUCACUCAAAUGCCAAGAGGAGGUCCAGGCCCUACAAGGAAAUAUGUUACAAAUCCAGGAUAGAGCUGAUGAGCUCCAAAGUCAAGUGAACCAAAAAGAAAUGUUGCAGAUUCAGCUAGAACGCAGUCAAGAAAAAGUGAAGCAACAUGAAGAGGAAAUGAGUGUUAUCAAGAAGCAGCUUUCAGAUACCCAAGCCUACUCUAAUGAGUUGAAGGAAAAGUUGAAGACACUGGAACUUUUUCAGUCCAGAAUGGUGCAGAACUUUGUGGAGGAAAAGGAAGAACUUCUGAGGAUUUAUGAAGAGAGAACUAUACAAGUGGAGCAACAUCACAAGGAAAGUAUUCAGGCAUUGAUAAAAGUGGAAAGGGAAAAGUUGCAGGCAGUAAAAGGAGAGAUGGAGCGAAGACUGAUAGCUGAGUGGGACAGGGAAAAGGCUCAGUUACAAGAAACCCAUGAACAUUUGCUUCGGGUUAAAUUAGAGGAAGAGAGGCAGAAGCUAAGAAGGAAACUCAAAGAGGAAUGGGAACAUGAGAAGGCCCUGCUGGAGGAGCAGCAUGCGGGGGUUACCCAAGUAUUCUUGGAUAAGGAAAGACUCAGACUUUUGAGUGAGCAAAAACAGGCCGAAAGGAAACUUGUGUAUCACAGGGAGAAAGACAGAGCAGCAGGAGAGGAGGAGAGAAUACAACAGCAGGAUAGCCCCUGGGAAGCCAUGCAAGAAAUAAUUCCUGCAUACAAUGAAGAGAGGAAGUGGCUGGGUGGCCUUCUGAACAAAUUCUGGGAUGAAACUCCAGAGGCUAGGCAAAAACUGGAGAAAGAGUCUUCAGAAAAGAUGUUGACAAAUUUCAAAAAACAGAUUGCAGCAGACAUGCAGGAGACGAACUACCAGCCUGGCAGCUUCAUAAAGCUGUGUGAAAAAGAAGCAGCUGUACAACAGCCACAGAAUAGAAUCUGCACCAUACCUGCUCACAAGAGUAUCAUGGAACAAUUUACUAUGAAGAAACAGACCCCUGAUUUCUGUACUGAACUCUCUGCCUCCCAGGAAAAGGCUGAACAAGAGAUAAAAAUGAUGAAGAUGGAGCAGCAUAUGCAAGAUGUGGAAUUAAAACUGCACAAUAUUAAACUACUUAUGCAGGAAAAGGUCUUUCAAUUGAAUACCCAGCUACCAAGGAAUAAUACAGCUGAUAUGAUAAAGGACCUGGACAUUGAAAAGACUCAGCUGCUAAAGAUGACUGAGCAGCAGAAGAAAGUGGAUAAGAAGAACUACCUGCUGCAAGAAAAUAUCUCAUAUCUCAAAAAGAUUGUGUAUAACCUUAACCCCUCCCCCCAUCUGCAGGGCAAUACCACCGUUCCUGUACUUGACAUGAAAUCAUAAUCACAUUCAAAAAAAAAAAAAACUGUGAUACAGUCCCUUACAUUUCUUCAU